UGACAGAUUUAUUUAACCUUAGCAUUUUUUUGUUCAAUUAAUUUAAUUUAAGUACAAAAAUUGAAAGUUGUAAAUUUCAUGUUUUGCUUUUUAUUUCACUGUAAUUAUUGUAUAAUUUGAUUAAAACAAGUAGUGAAUUAUGAAUUUAGUUUUAAGGCAAGCCCUAACAAGGCAAACUUUUAGGCUAUGUGAAAGAAAUACAUCCAAAUGUUUACCAAAACAACUGUCCGUAACCUCAACUUACAAUGUUACACAAUUCAGAAAUUAUUGCCAAGAACCAACAGAAACAAAAAAACUCCCUCAACUCAUGGAAUUUCCGCCGGUGGUUUGGCCCUCAUUCGUAAAAUUCAUAAAGAAUUGGAUGUUUGCAAAUUUUAUUAUUCGUCCGUAUUUUGAACCAGAAUUUAGUCUCGGAGAGUUUAUAGAAGCUUCAAAGCACGCUGUUCAGGUUGUUUCAGACGCUUUACAACGAAGCGACUUCAAGUCACUAGAAGGACUAGUUGACAAAGAUGCCAUUACUGCUUUGAAGAAUGCUGUAUCGAAGCUCUCCGUGUCCCAGAGACAACUUUUAUCUGUUCAGAAAGAUGAUAUUUUCUAUGCUUUUCCAUAUCAGGUGGGUGUGAUGUUUGAUGACUCUGACAAGCGCUGGGUGGAAAUCACAAUGUGCUACCACGUGCUGAAGGGGCUGAAGAGGAUGCAGGAGACUGGCGACCUGCCGCCUAUUUCACUAGGUGUCCAACCGGAGUACCAAGACAAAAUCUUUAUCCUGAAUUACAGAUUUAUUAGGGAGUUCACAAAAGGGGUUGAAGACAGCUGGUGGGUUAAUAUAGUCAAUCACUUCCAACCCCAAACACUGGUCAAAAAGUAGAUACAACAAAUAAAGUCAAUUUCUAGUGCAGAUGUAAAAAGAAACAACUGCUAUAGUCUGUUUCUAUUGCACAGAGAAAAACAUCGUCCAUUACAAGUUGUAACUUCCGUACACAUAUAUACGUAUUGCUUUAUCACUCGCUCAAAUUUGGUGACUUAACAUUUUAUUAAUAUUAUUGAUCACCAGUUUUAUAGUCCACAACUGAGACUGACAUGUAGAACUAAGGUCAUAUGUAUUCGUAAAGAGUUAUCAUCGAUUUCGCAGUGCUUUUCAAACGAGUGACAAAAAUAUUGUAGGUAGUUGGAAAAAGUUAAAAAUUGCACUUAACUACGCCCGAAGUUCAUAAUAACAUCACAUAAAUGUUAUGUGUAUGUAUUUAAUGUCUCGACACUUUUUUACAUACUAAAUACAAUAAAAAAUUGACGGAAAUGUCCUUAAAGAUUUUGUAAAGUUUUAAUAUUAAUCACAAUUCGUUGAUUAACUUUAUUUAUCUUACGGACACUUGUUCUCUUUUUCUUUCUGUCUCUGUCUUCCUAUGUAUGUACAACUGUCAAAAAAUGAGAUAAUAAAUAUGAAGCAGAAUAUAGAAAAACUAUAGUGGUGUUCAGUACCCGGGUAUAAUUUGUAAAUUGACUUUUAGAAAGAGACAGUCUAUAUUAUCCUAUCCCUCCCACAUUAUCCAAAACCAAUAUAUUAAUAAUAAUAUUCAGUCGUUUUACAAGAGUGAAAUAGAUAUAUUUUGAAAACCGAUUAGCCGAUUGUCUCUUUACAAAACUCAAUAUGGGUUCGUUGCCGAGUACUGAAAUUGCGAAAACUUGUGCAAGCCAAAAAUAUUAUAACCAGGAAUUAAUAAAAUUCAGUUUUAUUGUU